GAGCGGCGAUCGCGAGAAAAAAAAAAUGCAACCUCCCAAAAUAAAGAGCAAAGAUUGCAUUAGGAGCGAACAGCGCUGCAGAAAUAGAUGGCAGCUUCGUGUCAGUGAGUUUGCAUCCCCCUUCCUGAUCCACGAGCUGGAGUGAUCAGAGCCCUGGAAGGGGAUUGUUACUCCUGUGAAGUCCCCCUUUCCUGGCAGCCGACUGCACUGUGCACGCUGGACGCCUCUCUCCAUCCACCCCACUCAGUCUCUCCUCUCUCACCUCCUCUCGCCCUCGCUCCUGCAUUGAUUUUUUUUCCUCCUUUUUAGUUGACUGAAACAAAACAAAACAAAAGGGCCGCUGGAUGUCUGCCUUCUUGGGGGGUGAGCCAGACAGACUGACAAACAAACAGACCCGGCUGUGUUCGGGGGAGGGUUUCUCCUCCCGUUUUGCCCGGCGGCAGCAGUAUGGACGUGUUGGCUAGUUAUAGUAUAUUCCAGGAGCUACAACUUGUCCACGACACCGGCUACUUCUCAGCUUUGCCAUCCCUGGAGGAGACGUGGCAGCAGACAUGCCUUGAAUUGGAACGCUACCUGCAGACGGAGCCCCGGAGGAUCUCGGAGACCUUCGGGGAGGACUUGGACUGCUUCCUUCACGCUUCCCCUCCGCCGUGCAUCGAGGAGAGCUUCCGACGCCUGGACCCCUUGCUGCUGCCCGUGGAGGCCACCAUCUGCGAGAAGAGCUCAGCCGUGGACAUCCUGCUCUCUCGGGACAAGCUGCUCUCCGAGACCUGCCUCAGCCUCCAGCCGGCCAGCUCCUCCCUGGACAGCUACACCGCCGUCAACCAGGCCCAGCUCAACGCAGUGACCUCAUUAACGCCCCCCUCGUCCCCCGAGCUCAGCCGUCAUCUGGUCAAGACCUCACAGACCCUCUCGGCCGUGGAUGGCACGGUGACGUUGAAACUGGUGGCCAAGAAGGCUGCGCUCAGCUCCGUCAAGGUGGGCGGGGUGGCCACAGCGGCAGCAGCCGUGGCGGUGACGGGGACAGUCAAGAGUGGACAGAGCGACAGCGAGCAAGGAGGGCUAGGGGCUGAGGCAUGCCCCGAAAACAAGAAGAGGGUGCACCGCUGUCAGUUUAACGGGUGCCGGAAAGUUUAUACAAAAAGCUCCCACUUAAAGGCCCACCAGAGGACUCACACAGGUGAGAAGCCUUACAAGUGCUCAUGGGAAGGGUGUGAAUGGCGUUUUGCACGAAGCGAUGAACUCACAAGGCACUACAGGAAACACACAGGUGCAAAGCCCUUCAAAUGCAACCACUGCGACAGGUGUUUUUCCAGGUCUGACCACCUUGCCCUCCAUAUGAAGAGACAUAUCUAAAACCAGAAGGAAGGCUAGAGUUGCCAUGGCACCGGCUGUUGUCUGAAAGAAAUGCCGUGAGGCAGGGGGCUGGACUUCAGGCGAGGAGAAGAUGCCUCGCAGAAGAAAGCCCUCACCUAUACACCUCUGUGUACACACACACACACACAACACACACACACUCACACAAAGACACACGCACAUUCACACACACUGUCAUGCACUCAACUAUAUUUAAAAUAUAUACAUCUAUUCUUUAUGCCUUGCCCUAGCCAGAUGGUAGAAGACGAAGAAGGAAACCGGGUGAACUCAGCAAGGCAGACUGGCUGCUUACUUCAGCACUAUUGGAAUUAUGUCCCGCUGUUGCCAAUGGAAAGCAAAGAAAAUAGAAGUGACGUCUCUGCGGGUGGACGGCAGUAAGAGGGGUUCAUGUAACCCACUUCUCAGUGCAACUUGAUGGGAGAACACAACGUCUUAAAGUUGCAUAUGUGUCGCACUAUUAAUGUUCGUUUUUAAAUAGUUGGGGGAAAUGACCUAGAAAACCAAAUUGCAGUUUGGUAGCCAAAAUGAACGCUUGGUUUAUUUGUCCUUUGUGUGUGAAAAAAAAAGACAAAAAACAAAACAAAGUCCUACUAUCCUGUGCGUCAGACUCCCUCACAGGACUCUUGAUCGGUUUCGGUUCUUCUCAGCACUGUUGAGAUCUUUCCACUCAAUCCCAGCGGCCUUAGCGGCGGCAGACCCUGGAACACCACCUUACACCUUUCUGGCCUGCAUUUCUCUAGACUUCACUCUCCAGGGAGGAGUUUCCUUUUCUUACUUUUUUGACUCUUGCACACCAUAUGCACUAGGGAUUCCGGAAACUUCUAGCAUGACUGCAAAGUGGCCAAGAGAAUAAAGUCCUUGAUGAUAAAUCACAUUAUAUCCCUUGAGCCUCACCUUAUUGCCAGUGCUAGAUUUUUUCUUUUUAAUCUCUGUUUUUUGCUAAUGAAAACUUGAAAAGCUUAUUUGGAAGCUUAAACGUUUUAUCUUUUCUCCAUGGACUAAUCCUCUCCAGGACUCUCUCUCUCUCGGCACCUGGAUGCCCAGCUCUCGAAGCAGCCAAUCAGAUGGGACAUCGCAGUUCCCUCAUCCUCCUUGAGGCCUAAUGACCUCAGCUCGUAGUGAUCAACCACUGUGUCGUGUGUCAUUGCUACCCCAAACCAGUUACAGCAUAGAUGUCGCUUGUCUCUAAAGGCAGCUGCAUAUUCAAACUGACUUUGGGUUAUGACCUGACAAAAAGCCAAAAACCCCACUCUUUCCAGGAGUGGGGAAAAUGGAGGAUGCCUCCCAAGUCCAGGGGCUUCACAAAACAUCACCCUAUCUUCCUCUCUCCUACCCACUAAGCUCAUAGAACCCCACUUGUUAGAAUCCACAUCUCAAAGUGUCAUGGUGGGAAUGAAGGGCUGGCGUCUGUGGAAAGGGUGGCAGUGUUUCUCCUGCGAUGUGGUGAACUGGAGAGGCCUGUGUCUAAAUUGUUUGGCUCGGUCCACCAUGACUUGUGACUCAGAACACUCAGAAUCAACAGAGGCCUCAUAUUUACCUGGCAAGCUGACUCCAAGGGCGUUGCCAUUCCUCACGUUUCAUCCCACACUCACCCAACCCGGUAUCGGUAUCUAUCUACCCGCAUUCUUCGCUAGCUGGCACUGGCCUCAACUCCAAAGACUGCCUUUAGGACCAUUCAAUGGCCUAUGCAAGCAAGCGGGGUGGUUAUUAGGACAGAUUGUAUAUUUUGUAUAUUCUGGUGACCAUCCCUUCAAGAAAAGUCUAGAAAAUGAAAGAUGGCAUUUGGUCCACUCGCGGUUGCUGCUCCUUCAUCCCAGCUGGCUUCCUCUCCUGCCCUCCUUUGACUGUUUGACUCAUUGACUGUUAAAACACCACCCCAUGCAUAUUAGGGAUGCAAAACGGAAGUCUUUAAGAGGAAACCACAAUACAAGAAACACAGACCUGUGUUAUGACAGCCACCUUCACGAUCCUUGGCAUUUGGUUUCUCUACUUUCUGCAACCUUUGGUUUCUCUGAAGUGUUGAAAUGAACUCGCCUGAGGGUAAAGGAGCCUGUUUGCCAUCAAUGCUGUAGCUGCCGAUGGGACACUUGGGGCAUUUUGAGGUCUGGCCCUUUAGAAUUUCCUUUCUCGGUUUUCUUUUGUCAGUUUAGACCAAAAAAA